GUAGAUUGAAUGCACAUAUCCUCCAAUCUGAUGGUCACAGCGGCCCAAUGACAAGCAAUAACCCCAGAGCUGGCUGGGAAAAGAUAGGCGACCAGUUCUACCAGAAGGUCCAGCUUUACGAAUCGGUCUUUGAUGCGGACCUCGAGCUCGAGAACUACUUCGUUGCUGGGGCGCCAUAUGGAGGAGCUCUAGCAUUAUGGCGGGAUACUUCCAAAGUUGCACGAUAUAGGACGGGCCAAUCGACCAAGUCAACGAUCGAUAUAUACUCAUCCUCGGGCAAGCUGAUCAGUAACAUCAACUGGGAAAAAGGUCUGAUAAAAGGCCUGGGGUGGUCGGACGACGAGAAACUCUUAGUCGUUACUGAGGAUGGCGUUGUGCAUUGCUACUUCGGAUUGCACGGCGACUUUCAGCCAUUCCUGUUGGGGCACGGCGCUGAGGAGUAUGGUGUCGUAUCUUGUCGAUUUUGGUCUCAAGGCUUCGUCGCCUUGCUCGGAAACAACACCUUGAUUGCUGUCUCUUCUUUUAACGAGCCGAGGCCGAGAGUGCUUGCCCAGCCGCCCGAAGGCGAAGUACAUUCUUGGUCAUUAAUCCCACCGGCAUAUACCCUUUCUAGGUCCGUUGAGGUCUUGUUGGCCAUCGACAAGACAAUCUAUGUCGUCGAUGCGUCUGAAGCCGAAGACCGAGGCCUCUCAGAUGGCCCUUUCAAGCAUAUCAGCGUGUCGCCAAAUGGACGAUUCGCGGCCUUGUACACCGAAGAUGGCAAAGUUUGGGUGGUCGGCAGCGACUUUCAGAAUAAAUACAGUGAGUAUGAUUCCAAAGCGAAGACAACGCCAACGCAGAUAUGCUGGUGUGGAAACGAUUCCGUCAUAUUGGCCUGGGAAGACGAGGUUCACAUGGUCGGUCCAAAUGGUGCUGCCGUCAAAUAUUACUACGAUGACCAAGUACACGUCGUCGCAGACAUUGACGGUGUCCGGUUGAUAACGAAUGAAGCAUGCGAGUUCCUGCAUAAAGUUCCGGAUCCAUUGGAGGAAGUUUUCAAGCUUGGGUCUACAUCAGCAGCCUCAGUUUUGCUGGACUCAAUUGAGCUGCUCGAAAAGAAGUCUCCGAAAGCCGACGAAAACAUACAGCGCAUCAAACCAACCCUUCCGGAAGCUGUCGAGAUAUGUAUCCGCGCAGCUGGCGAGGAAUUCAACCAGAACCUCCAGAAACAGUUAUUACGCGCCGCUUCGUUCGGCAAGUCGGUUCUGGAUCUCUACAGCAGCGACGAAUUCGUAGAUAUGUGCGAAGACCUCAGAGUCCUGAAUGCUGUACGAGAUUAUCGCAUCGGACUUUUUAUGUCCUAUGAGCAGUACUGCCGACUCACACCGGAGCGACUCAUUGUUCGGCUAGUGAAUCGGCGAGAAUACCUGCUUGCGAUCAAGUUAUCCGAUUUCCUGCAUCUUCCUUUGAACAAGAUCUACGUACAUUGGGCGAGCCAGAAAGUCCGAAGCUCAUCGGCCGACGACGACGCGAUCCGAGAGCUGGUAGUUGAACGACUACGUGGAAAGCAUGGCAUCUCCUUUGAAACAAUUGCACGAGCCGCCUAUGAUGAGGGUAGGAGCCACCUGGCAACAACGCUGCUGAAUCAUGAACCGAGAGCAGGAAAACAAGUACCGCUGCUCCUCAACAUGGAGGAAGACGAGAUUGCUCUCAACAAGGCAAUCGAAUCAGGUGACAGUGAUUUGGUAUUCUUUGUCCUGCUACAGCUCAAGAACAAGCUACCACUGGCCACUUUCCUCCGAACUAUCAGCGAGAAACCUAUGGCUGCGGCCCUCGUCGAGAGCUCAGCGAGAGCGCAAGAUCAGGACUUAUUGAAGGACCUCUAUUACCAAGACGACCGACCAGUCGAAGGAUCAAAUCUCCUGCUCGAAGAGGCCAUGCAUCAGCCGCAAGUUCAGGCCGUGAUUGACAAGCUGAAGCUCGCGGCCAGAUUGCUUACAGACGCUAAAGACCCCACUGCCAUCAUGCAUACUAGAGCUCUGACAGAAGCAACUCAACUGCUCAAGAUGCAAGAAGCAUUUGACAAGGAGAUCACCGAUAGCAGCGGUAGCUUUAUUGGCCUAAGUGUCAAUGAGACGAUGUAUCGACUCAUCAAAUCCGGUUACAGCAAGAGAGCUGCCAGUGUCCAGAGCGCUUUCAAAGUGCCUGAGAAGUCCUGGUGGUGGGUUCGACUCCGGGCGUUGACGGCAGCUCGUCUAUGGGGCGAAGUCGAGGAGAUUGCUAAGAGCAAGAAAUCGCCCAUCGGUUGGGAGCCCUUCUACAACGAAGUCCUCGGAGCCGGCAACACGCGUCUCGCCUCGUCGUUUAUUCCCAAAUGUACGAGCCUCCAGCCGGCAGAACGUAUCGAGAUGUGGGUUAAGUGCGGUAUGAUCGUCAAAGCUGGCGAAGAAGCUCUGAAAGCAAAGGAUUUGACAUCGCUGGAGUCUCUGCGAGACAAAGCCAAUGGACAGCAGCAAGUCGAAAUCGAAAGGAUGCUGACGCAGUUGAGGCCGAAGAAAUAGGGUCAUCGGAACCAGAAAGCUAUCCUCAUGUAAUCUUCUCAACCUCGUCCUCCAUAUCCGUGGUUGGUGCUGAUGCUGUACGAUCAACAACGAUCAAUUUGGUCGCAGGCGCUGUGAUAGGCACUUGCACUCCCUCUACCAUCCUUACGUCGGAAACUCCAUCAUCC